AUGCAACGACUGAAGCUUCAUAUGUAUAGCUUUUCAACGAGUAAUUCCCUAACUUACCUUACCCUUCGGCGGAUGCUAGCGCGAUGCAAACGCCAACGGGCGCUUCGUGAAUGCGACGGCCCCUCGCAUACAAAACGGCACUGCAUUCCCGAAGUGUGCCCCUCCCCGCCCUCAACAUCCCAGGACACACGAGACCGGCUCUCUUCCCUUUCUGACGAGAUCGUCCUCCGCAUCUUUUCGUAUCUCUCGAUACCGACUCUGCUGGACGUGUCCCUGGUUUCACACCAUCUCAAUAGACUCGCAUCCGACUCCCACAUUUGGCGCGCCCACUACUACUCGCGCUUCGUCCUCCCCCGAGCUUUGCGCAUCCCCGGCUUCCGCGACGGUUCCAAGCGACAUGGGAGUCGCCUGCAUUACUCCGCCCGGCGCACCUUCUGGGCCGACGGAGGCGGCGGAAGGCAAGGCGGGCUCGUCGACAUGGGGAGGCGGGGCACCGGCGGAGACGGCCCGUCCGUCGAUUGGAAGCGCCAAUACAAACUACGACAUAACUGGGCCAGGGGCAAGGCGACAGUCGAGGAGUUGGAUAUGAGCGGCGAUGAGACUGCGCCGAGGCGAACUUUAGUCAAGGUCGUCGAAGGCAUCGCCGUUACUGCUGAUACGUCGUCGGGGUUGCGCGCCUGGGACUUGAGGACAAAGGCGCAGAUUGUGCAGACCGCACUACAGGACGACGAUGAUCAGGUACCUGAGCCGACGUGCCUCGCCGUCGAUGACCAGCUCCUGGGCGUGGGGAAACUUGACAUAUGCCUGGGCUUUCUCGACGGUAGCUUUGGCAUCUGGAGACUGGACCUGCGCCGGAAUGAGAUGGAAAGGCGGUACCGGCAUGUCAAGUCAAGCAGCGGCGAGCUGAUCGGGGUGGCCUAUCAACAUCCUUUUCUCCUGACAGCUACAGAUUCCGUUUUGAUAUCCCUUUACGAUUUCGAUGGAGCCUUUCAUGACCGUAAAACGCCAGUCCGCAGGAGGAAAGUCCGACCAUCGAGCAGAACGCCUGGGGUUGGUAGCGGCGCAGGCAUUCUUGAUAUCGGGUACGAGUCUGAUGAGUCCGACGAGCUCGUUGAGGACGACACCGCCGGAAACAGCGCAUCGCUUCCCUCGCCCUUGCUUGUAACAUCUCUGAAAUCACACACGUCAAGAGCCCCGUUGGCUCUCUCCAUACGUCGCAUGGCCUCUUCGGUGGUCGCCUCCAUCGCUUACACUUUUCUAAACCGCGAAGGGUGGUCCAUUGGCAUUCAGGACCUCCACAUUCGUCAGAGCCAGACCGACAGGUCCGAAGUAGCCUCAAGCCGACUGGCGUACGCUUUGCCAGUCCGCUCAAGCCAAGGCUAUGCAUCCCCUCCAGCGACCCCUUCCAGGCAACCCGAGGGCUCUCUUCUUCGGUCACCGAACUCGACGACUGCGUCCCCCGACGGCCCCACAAGGCUCUGUUACUCCCAUCCAUAUCUCUUAGCGACACUCCCCGACAACACCCUCGUCCUUCACGUAUGCACGUCUAAUGCCACGGCCCUGUCUAUGUCGCCAGGAAUCCGCCUCUGGGGCCACACGUCAGGCAUCAGCGACGCGGAGAUCACGGCCAGGGGCAAAGCUGUGAGCGUGAGCUGCCGCGGCGAAGAGAUUCGCGUCUGGGAGCUGGAGGGACGGGCGGGAGGCAACAGCAUUGAGGUUCGACCGAGCGUGAAUCAGGAUGACAGGGACUUGGGCGGUGGGGAGGAACUCGCGGUACGCGCGGAUGAGUGGGACAAUCGACGUAACUGGGUCGGCUUCGACGACGAAAUGGUCAUAGUUCUGAAAGAGGCGCGGGGUGGCCGGGAGAGCCUCGUUGUAUACGAUUUUACGUGA